GCGCGCGCACGAGCCUGACGUGUCGGGAGCGCGCGGCAGUCAUGCCUCAUCAGUCGCGCGACUAGCUGUCGGAAAAUACAAGAACAAUUUGCUCCUUUCUCUGAAAUCACCUCUUCCUCUGGAGACGCGCCGCGGCGCGCAUCGUGCGGGAGAAACGUGCGCUCUUUUCCUCUCUUUUUUCCAAGAAUUCAAAACCAAACCGAAUUUUUCUCUUUUUAUAUAUAAAACAGAUAUUUUUCUGCACAUCGCCAAUGAGACAAAAGAAGACCAGAAGAUAGGAGAGGAGUGGAGCUGUGGAGGUGGAGGUGCUGUUUCGGGGCUCGUCCGUCUCCAUCAGGUCAGCCCUUCAACUUGAUGCCGUGGACUCAGUUUGGGGAUGUAAAGCCACUUUCACGCCCCUCCGUCCAUUCCCCCGGAACAAUGAGCCGGUAGGAGCAUCUUCUGAGAGGAGGAAACCGGCCCAGCUCCGCCAUCCUCCCCCUCGAACGCCCCGCUGUGCCGCUCCGCCACCAUGUCCUUUCCCCGCUGUGCCGAGCCCAUGGAGAGAGCACGCCCACCUAGAUAGGAUGCCUUCCUCGCUCCACGCCCUGCAUCCCCUCCUGCCCUCCACCACCUCCUCCUUCUCCUUGCGUGAACCCGCUCUUGCCAACGGUUCCUCGCGGCCGCCCAGGCCGUGCCGCGCCGCGCUGCAACAUGGUGGAUGACGCGGCCGCCAUGACGGAUGAGGUCAUCAACGCCAACACGCUGGCUUGGCUGGUCUGCUCGGGCGUGUCCAUCCUGGCAAACACCUGGAGCAUCCUCAGCGUCAGCGCCAAGCAGAAGAAGUGGAAGCCGCUGGAGUUCCUCAUCUGCACGCUGGCGGGCACGCACAUCCUCAACAUGGCCAUCCCCAUCACCAUGUACUGCGUCAUCAUGCUGCGGCGGAAGCACUCCAACUACGAGUGGAACGAGGGCCUGUGCAAGGUGUUCGUGUCCACCUUCUACACGCUGACGCUGGUUACCUGCUUCUCAGUCACCUCGCUCUCCUAUCACCGCAUGUGGAUGGUACGGUGGCCUGUAAACUACAGGUUGAGUAACACCAAGAAGCAGGCGGUGCACACGGUGAUGGGAAUCUGGAUGGUGUCCUUCAUCCUGUCUACGCUCCCCGCCGUGGGCUGGCACGACACCUACAACCGUUUCUACACCUCCGACUGCCGCUUCAUCGUGACGGAGAUCGGCCUGGGGUUCGGCGUGUGCUUCCUGCUGCUGAUCGGCGGCAGCGUGGCCAUGGGCGUGAUCUGCAUCGGCAUCGCCCUCUUCCAGACCUUCUCCGUUCAGGCGGGUCACAACGCCGACAAGAACAAGUUUAACGUCCCCACCAUCGUGGUGGAGGACGCUCAGGGGAAGCGCAGGUCGUCCAUCGACGGAUCCGAGCCCCUCAAGACGUCGCUGCAGAUCACGUACCUGAUCAGCGGGAUUGUCUUCAUCUAUGACUUCCUGACUGGCUUCCCCAUACUGGUGGUGAGCUUUGCCAGCCUGAAGUUCCACCGCUCCUACAACUGGAUGGUGCUGUGCGUGCUGUGGUGCUCCAUCGCACAGUCCAUCCUGCUGCCCAUGUUCCUGUGGGCCUGCGACCGCUACCGGGCCGACAUCCGCAUGGUGUGGGAGAAAUGCGUGGCCAUAAUGUCCAAUGACGACGUGGACGAGGAAAACAGCCAAGACGGAGGAAUUCAUGCCGACUUAAUAUAUGACAGACCGUAUGACUAUAGCUCGGCGCCUGAAAUCGUGACGAUAGACCAUAAUGCCAAGUAUGAGUUCUCAACCUUAGAAAGGGGGGUUCUGCAAGGGUAUCCAUUGAGGGAACAACAGGAAGAUAAAAUGCAGUAUUUGCAGGUGCCCCCUACAAGAAGAUACUCCCACGACGAAACCGACAUGUGGACCAGCGACCGGAUCCCCUCAUACCUGCACCGGUGGGGGUCCACCGAGGACAUGAUAGUGAGUGCCCACUACAGCUGCACCUUGCCGCGCCACGAGAGGCGCAGGAGCAGCCUGGUCUCCUACCACGAGGAGAGCCACCACCACCACCACCCGCACCGCAAGCGACGGCGCUCUGAGGACAGCAUGCACUCCCUCAGGCAUCUGCCGCGCGUGGUGUGCGGCGGGGAGCGCUACGAGGACGAGCUGCGCUGCUUCAGCCGCGACGAGGUGAUCAACUUCAUCGACGAGACGCCGCUGCCGAGCCCCAGGAAGAGCCCGCGGCGCACAUCCACCAUCUCACUCAUCCCCAACGUGUACGAGCAGCACGCCGUCAUCCUCCCUCACUUCCCGCUCACAGACUUCGAGCGCGAGCCUCAGGUGCUCCGGAGGCUCUCGGAACACAAACGGAGCAGCAGCAGGAGCAGCAGCAGGGGCAACUCGCCCGAAGGCUCGCCCAAGCCGGACAGACCCGCCGCGAAGAAGAGCCCCGGGGCCUGCGGCUCCGGGAAGGGCUGCCGGGACCGCCCCCGGGACGGCAGGCGGCACGGGGAAGGGGGCUCGCCCGGCCGCAGCCAGCAGACUCCGGGACACUCUGGGAGCAGGCCCAGGACAGGCGGGGGUGCCGGGGGCGCACAGUGGGGGCCGCAGCACCUGAGCAAGGCUGAGAGUAAAGGAAGCACAAACAGUUUUGUAAGCACCCCCUCAGCGUCGUCCUCGGGAUACAUCACCUUUCACUCCGAUUCUGUGGGCUCCACCUCCUAAAAGCAGCACCCCCACAUAUUAUUAUUAUUAUUAUUAUUAUUAUUAUUAUUAUUAUUAUUAUUAUUACGAUUGAAGUUCUCGUCAUGAUGCAAACAUGAGGCUGGUUACCGGGAACCUGGGACCUGGAACACGUCAGCCUUUUUAUUACUCGUGCCACUAAUCAGUUUUAAUGCAUCUGUUGUGUUUGAACGCCUCUUUGGACAUAUUUGAUGAAAUAUUAUCCACAUAUAAAAGCUGGUGAGAAGGUCGGGUGGGCUUGGUAUUCAGCUUUCAUGACAUUAUCCACUGCAGACACUUUUUUUCAGCGUUGACACAGAUCAGUAGGUUUUACAUGGUGUGACCAUUCCUUUUUCUGGUUUUGAAUAACGGCUUAAAGAAUUACAGGUGUGGCGGGUUCUUCUCUGCCUUUGACCUUUUCUUCACUCUGUUUGGCCUGUAUGGACCGAGUGUUUGGUUUGGUUUGAACACGAGCUUUAUUGCCCUUGUAUUUUGAGUUUAACUUUGACACAUUCAUUUCCAUCGAUUAUAUUAUUCACAAGGCGUUACAGACAUUUGGAGCACCUGUUGGAUCAAAUUCAGAGUUGUAAUUCAAGCUUUUUGCAUAGUUUUGCAGUUGCUGUGUGAGAUAUUGAACUAUACCAUGAAAAACCCCAAAGUCUCUAAAGAAAAUGUGAAGUCAUUUUAUAAAGAGGACUGAAGAUGUGUUGUAUAUAGAACGGAUAUUGGAUUCAUGGUUUUGAUGUUUUCUGUUUAACGAAACUGUCGUACGAUUAUUAUUAUUAUUACAAUGUUUGUUUUAUGUUUGGAAAUCAUGGCGUGUUACAGUUGCCCACUGCAUAUAAAGACAAAACCAUCAGAUCAACAGGAAACGGUGCUUUAUCCUCGUCCGCUGAGAGUGUCAGCCUGAACUCCACCGUCACCGGUCGCGGUUCCUUGUUUGACCUCCUCAGCCAUGAGUUUUAAAGUAACCAGACAGCACUCUGAAAUUACAUUGGAAAGAAUCGUUUCAAAGAGGAAACUCAUCAAAUGCAGCAUAAGUCCACAAAAGUGGACAUCCGCAAUGAAAGAACGAGAUUUUACUGAAUUUUCUCACAUUUACAUAUUGAUUAAUAAAAACACUGCAGCAUGGAAAACAUUCUGGCAUUCAGGUCACCUCAGACAAAAGCAGGAGUCUCCAGAACGCUGAUAUUCUAGAUUUCAGAGUAUCUCUAUCGGGCAUCAACAUGAUCUAAUCUGACCUCAUUUUGUAACCUCAGACUAAAACUCUUGAGGGAGUCUCAGACUGUGAUAACGGAUGAACUCUGUGGAAGUUUUCAGACUGUGACGUUUUCUUUUUUCUGAUGUAUCUAAGUGGAAACAUUAAACAUAAUAUUUUAAGGGUCCAUAAAGAUUCAGUUGGUGUGGAUGUAAAACAAAACAAAAAUGAGAACAUUUCGAUUCACUUCCACAUAAACCCAGACAGCACUGUGCAGAAGUUUUAGUCUCCUGCAAAAAAAUGAAUGCUUGACAGGACUGUGAGAGAGUGGGAAGGAGUCCUGGAAGAGAUGGUGUGGUUCCCUCAACCGUUUGGCUUUACCAGAAGAUUUCAUCCAGGAUCUGUGCUCAGUUCUUCAGGAUGAUUUAAAGCAACUUUGUCUGAGAAAGUGUGCCACUUUUAAACUCCAUAAAGAUUCACUGAAACCUUCACACAGUGUUGAAUUUGGGGAACAAUAAACAGCUGAGGAACAGACAGGUGAGGUGACCCUGUGGUUAUUAUAGUCUCACGAUCAAACUUGGAUUUGCUGCAUAAAAUUCUGAAUUCACUCCAGGAUUUAUUUCUUUUAACCAAAGUGACAAUUAUCCAACUAAAAGCAGAGAAUCUCUGACUUCACACAGACAUUUACUACUAACAUGAAUGUAUCUGCACAAAUCAACUGCAAGUUGUCAGAGAAAUCAGAGCAGAAGGAGAACAUCCGACAUCCGAGAUGGAACUUUCCCUUUGGACAGCCUUAUUAAUUUGUGAAACUUUUUUGGUUGCCGUUUCCGUUUCCAUCCAAGUACUGAUGUUGCACGUGUUUCACAUCUAUGUUUUGAAUCAUCAGCUGUAAUUUCAAUGUUUCUUUUCACUUCCAAGUAUUAGAGUAGCUCACCGCAGCCGGUUAAGUCUGCUGAAAUGUGGCUUUAUUUGGAAACACAACGCCACGCCGUCCCCCUGUCUGACUUUGCUCUGUCAUGAACCUGUUUGCAUUCUGUUGUGUUUACAAUAUCAGUCUAUAAUUUUGUAACAUAUUGAAAGAUUUAUGGCUCAAAUAUGAAUGAUGUUAAUUGUUAACUGAUUUUUCUCGUUCAGAUGAUGACUUUGUUAAGAAUAUUUGACUGAUUAAAUUCACAAGAUGA